AAAGCUUCACUAUUCCAUUACUAAGGCAGAUAACUAACCAACUACCUCUGACUUAGUGACUUAGUGAGCUGGCAUGAUCUGACUCAUCCCUAACUCAGGGUCCUGAUCCUUGUUCCUGCAGGGUACGCUUUAGUGACCGUCCGGGAUGGAACGCAAGAAACGAAGAUUAUAUUCUCCGAGAUCCAGAACGGGAUGUCGAACCUGCCGGACGAGACGAAUCAAAUGUGACGAGAGUCCAGGAUUGUGCAACAACUGCACCUCCACCGGGCGAAAGUGCGAUGGCUACGACUUCACCCGACUCCCAAGAGUCGGGCGUCUGCCCAAUUCCCCAGAGUUUCAGCUCCGGAUCAACCUCCCCGGGAUGAGCUCAGACGAGCGGCGGUGCUUUACAUACUUCCAGACCCACACCGUACCGAGGAUGGUGGGAUUCUUCGACUCAGAGCUUUGGCAGCGACUGGUCCUCCAGAUGAGCCAAGCUGAGACCGCAGUGUGUCAUGCCGUCGUUGCUCUCGGUGCCUUGCACGAAGACUCGGAAGCGAAGGGAAUGCCGCUGCAGAAGGUCGACCUAGACCAUAACGAUCACCAUCGCUUCGCCCUCGAGCAGUACAGCAAAGCCAUUGCUGCCCUACAGAGGCGUCUGCAGUCGAACGAUCCCCAGGCGCGCUUAGCCGUGCUGAUGUGCUGUGUGACCUUCAUCUUCUUCGAGUAUCUCCAAGGCAAUCGCGGAAAGGCAUUCGCUCAUCUCCAGAACGGACUCCAUGUUCUGGCGAACCACAAGGGCGAAGAAGCACGCGCUCUUGUCAUGUCCAAGGUCCUCCACCAGCCAGCCAAUGGCCCCGCGACGGAAAAAGCCCUACUACGAACAUUCGCCCAGCUCGACGCCCAGUCAGUACACUUCAGAGUCUCCGGAUCCGUCACCACGUUGGGCGCACAGAACGGAUACCUCGCCGCUGACCUUCUCGACCAGGACUACUCAUUCAACAGUCUAGAGGAAGUAAAAGACAAACUCGAUCCAUUCGCCAGCAUCGUCUUCCGCUUCCGAACCACCUGCCGACCACUACUCAGGAACCCACAAACCGACAUCUUCCAACUCUCCAUCCAACACCAAAAGAUCCGAACCCAACUAAUGAACCACAUCUCCGCCUUCGAAUCCUUCAUCUCCCACUCCCCACCCCAAACCACCCCAAAGCAAACCCGUAGCAUCAACAUGAUCCGCCUCCACCACCUCGUCCUAAUGGUCGACCUACAAACCAUGCUCAGCCUCUCCGAGCUCAUCUACGACACCUACCUCCCCCAAUUUCAAACCUUCGUGGACCUCUGCGACCGCAUCAUCACCAGCAUGCGCGCCGAAUACGGCAGAGACCUCUCCAAAAUCGUCACCGACAUGGGCGUCAUCGCCCCCCUGGGCUGGACAAGUCUCCGCUGUCGACAUCUCCCCACUCGCCAACGAGCAUUAAGUCUCCUGGACUCGUGGCCGCAUUGCGAAGGUCCCUAUGAUUCGAGGUUCUUUGCCAGUUUAGCGCGCCAGGUCGUCGCGAUCGAGACGGAAGGUGAAGUUGCGGGGUUUGUGCCGGAGUAUGCGCGUGUCAGAAAUAUUUCGUUGGAGAUGCUUGGGGAUGGGCGUCAUGCGGUGUUGUGCUAUACGUUGUCGGAUCCGGAGAGGGGGGAGGGGGAGGGGGAGGUUUUGAGACGGCCAUUCCUGUUUCAGUGA